AUGUUGAUACUUUGGAAGCUGGCGCUCAAAGGUGUCAGAGAAAGUGAUUCUGCAUCUCACUUCUCAGCAGCGGACUGGUUCGAGUCUAGUGUUACCCGAGCUGCCCUGCGGUCCCUGCCGCCACUGAUAUCCAGCUUCGAUGGCUUGAAAACUAUACUCAACUUGACUGGUGUUGCAGCGCAUUUUGUUGGGACUGAAUUUUGUGCGUAUCAGACAAGCAGGCAUUCUGUUUUACGUCUCUCCGAGCUAUUUGUUACUGGAUAUGGAGAUAGUAAAGGCAUACUUUCCUAUGGGGUUCAUUCGGGUGCUAUUGCAACAGAUAUGGCUUCUCACCUACCCGAAGAGUCGGAGCGUCGUGAUUGGCUAGCCGGACGUUAUAUCAGUGCUCAGUGGGAUGUUGACGAGUUAAUGUCGAAAAAAGGGACGAGAUUAUCGCUAGCGACAAAUCGAAGGUUAGAAUGGUAG